AUGGCAGAACCAGUCGUCGACAACGAGAAAAGCUACACUGGAAGCAGCAAUGACGAUCAUGCAGCCCGAAAGGUCUACCAGCAGCCAACGGGCCUCAAGGGACUCUACUACAACCCCAUCACCCAGAUUGUGAUGCUGGGAUUUGUUUGCUUUAUGGGACCGGGAUUGUUCAACGCACUAAAUGGACUGGGCGCAGGUGGUCAAGUCGAUUCCAAGACCAACUCCAAUGCGAACACCGCUCUAUAUUCAACUUUUUCUUUCAUGGGAUUCUUCGGUGGAUCGGUCAACAACGUCCUUGGACCAAGACUCACGCUCCUGAUUGGCAGUAUGGGUUAUAGCUUGUACAUAGGAUCUUACCUAGCCAUCAAUAUCCACUCUAAUGCUGGUGGAUUCGUUGUCGCCGCAGGAGCCAUCCUCGGUAUAUGUGCUGGUCUUCUAUGGACAGCACAGGGCUCGUUGAUGAUGGCGUAUCCUACCGAAACACAAAAAGGGAAAUUUAUCGGGAUUUUCUGGUCUAUUUUCAACCUUGGCGGUGUCGUUGGAGCGUCUGUUGCUGCUGGGAGAAACUGGAAAUCGACAGUUGGAUUUCUUGUCCUUACACUCAUCGGAGUUUUCAUUCCAAUGCUCAUGGCGAACCCCAACAAGAUGAUCCGCUCCGAUGGAACAAAAGUUAUGACGCCCCGACACCCCUCCUUGAAGACCGAAAUCCUAGGUCUGCUUGUGACGCUGAAGACUGAUCCAAUGAUCAUCCUUCUCUUCCCAAUGUUUUUCGCUUCCAACUGGUUCUAUACCUGGCAAUUCAGUGGCUUCAAUGGCGCCAUCUUCGACAUCCGCGCCCGAGGCCUGAACAACGUCUGCUACUGGAUCUCCCAAAUCAUCGGGUCCGUCCUCAUCGGUCUUCUCCUCGACCGAAAAUCCAUCAGUCGUCGUAUCCGCGCCUACACAGGUUGGACUGUCCUCUUCCUAAUGGUCUUCGUCGUCCACAUCUGGGGAUACUUCUACCAAAAGCAGUACACGCGCGAAAGCGUCGCACCAGAGACGGAGAAAAUGGAUAUCUACGAUCACGGAUACGCAGGGAGGGUAAUGUUCUACAUAUUUUGUGGGAUUCUCGAUGCAAUGUGGCAGACGACGUCGUACUGGCUUAUGGGUGCGAUGUCGAAUGAUCCAUCCAAGUUGGCGUUCUUUGCUGGGUUCUACAAGUCGAUCCAGUCGGCUGGGGCAGCUGGGAUAUGGCGUGCGGACGCUGUCAAGAUUCCGUACAUGAAUAUGUUUAUUUCGGAAUGGGCUCUCCUUGUCGGAGGUCUCGUAUUUGCACUACCUAUGGUUAUCAUGCGGAUCAAGGACCAUACUGAUUUAGAUGAUGAGAUCAUCGCCCGAAUGGAUGAUAGAGGACAUAUUCGUCCGACUGAAGACGUUGCUGCAGAGAUGGAUGUUACCGCCAAGGAUGCUCGGGCAUCUUAA